CCUCCUGCCCCGUCUGCAGGCUUACCACUCAACUUUAAUGGACUCCGAUACCAAGCUAAUUGGGAAUAUGGCGCUGUUACCCAUCAGAAGCCAGUUCAAAGGCCCAGCGCCUCGGGAAACCAAGGACACAGACAUUAUAGAUGAAGCCAUCUACUACUUCAAAGCUAAUGUUUUCUUCAAAAAUUAUGAAAUUAAGAACGAGGCUGACAGAACGCUGAUCUACGUAACCCUCUACAUCUCUGAGUGCUUGAAAAAGCUGCAAAAGUGUAACUCCAAAGGCCAAGGAGAGAAAGAAAUGUACACACUAGGAAUCACUAACUUCCCAAUCCCUGGGGAGCCUGGCUUUCCGCUUAAUGCCAUUUACGCCAAACCUGCCAACAAGCAGGAGGAAGAGGUGAUGAGGGCCUACCUGCAGCAGCUGAGGCAAGAAACUGGUCUUCGCCUUUGCGAAAAAGUAUUUGAUCCUCAAAGUGACAAGCCUAGUAAGUGGUGGAUCUGCUUUGUGAAGAGACAGUUCAUGAACAAGAGUCUGUCAGGUCCUGGGCAGUGAAGAGGCAAAGUAGCAACAACAUUCAACAUUUCCACAACAAGGUGUAUUUUGCCUUUGUUUUGGAUACAUUUUGUACCAAGGAAGAAUUAAGUGCUUAUGAAGAAAAAAAAAAAAGAAAUGAAAAAAACCCCACAAACUAGUCAAUGAGGGAUAAAGGGAGAGUGAGCAAAAAGAUAAUUUGUGUAAGCAAGUAUUAUUAAGCUGGUGCUUAAUAAGUGAUUUCUAACGUGCUGUUUCAGAUGCAAGCUGCUUUAUUAUCAGUGGCUACAGCUAGCAUUUAAAACAGGGCUUAUUUAAGACACGAAAGGGGCUUGCCUGUGGGGCAGGGGGAGCUGUGUGAUUGCUCUACUGGCUAGAGUCUUGGUAUCGUAUAUCCACGGAAAACGUACCUCUAGUGCUGUGAUGUCAAGUGCAGUGAUUUUUACCUUGUUUUCAAUAAACUUGGCUUGUAAUUAA